CGGGAAACAGGAGGAUCGCGGCCGCGCGGGGCAAGCCGGGAUAGGCGACCAUGGCGACUUCACUCGGGGCCAACACGUACAACCGGCAGAAUUGGGAGGAUGCGGAUUUUCCGAUCCUGUGCCAGACGUGCCUGGGAGAAAAUCCGUAUAUCCGCAUGACAAAGGAGAAGUAUGGCAAGGAGUGCAAGAUCUGCUCCAGGCCCUUCACCGUCUUCCGCUGGUGUCCGGGGGCACGGAUGCGCUUCAAGAAAACCGAAGUCUGCCAGACGUGUAGCAAGCUGAAGAACGUGUGCCAGACAUGCCUGCUCGACCUCGAAUACGGUCUGCCCAUCCAGGUGCGUGAUGCAGGAAUCUCCCUCAAGGAUGAGAUGCCCAAGUCUGACGUCAAUAAGGAGUAUUACACACAGAACAUGGAGAGAGAGAUCCAGAAUUCGGAUGGAACGAGACCGGUGGGUGCUCUGGGCAAGGCCACCAGCUCCAGUGACAUGCUGCUGAAACUAGCCAGGACCACGCCGUACUACAAACGCAAUCGGCCGCACAUCUGCUCCUUCUGGGUCAAAGGAGAGUGCAAGCGAGGCGAGGAAUGCCCUUACAGGCAUGAGAAGCCAACAGACCCGGACGAUCCCCUGGCCGAUCAGAACAUCAAAGAUCGUUACUACGGCAUUAACGACCCGGUGGCAGACAAGCUGCUCAAACGUGCAGCCACCAUGCCCAGGUUGGAUCCUCCCGAGGACAAGACCAUUACCACCCUCUACGUCGGAGGUCUCGGCGAGCAGAUCUCAGAGACGGAGUUACGGAACCACUUUUACCAGUUCGGCGAGAUUCGUUCCAUCACAGUGGUUCAGCGGCAGCAGUGCGCGUUCAUCCAGUUCGCCACCCGGCAGUCCUCUGAGCUGGCGGCUGAGAAGUCCUUCAACAAGCUCAUUAUUAACGGCCGGAGGCUGAACGUCAAGUGGGGCAGGUCUCAGGCCGCGAGGGGGAAGGAGAAGGAUAAGGACUCUAAUCUGACAGAGUCAGGGAUGAAAUUGGAGCCUGUGCCCGGGCUGCCUGGUGCCUUGCCUCCGCCACCCACGGCCGUCGAGGAGGAGGCUCCCGCUAACUUCUUUAACCUGCCGCCCAGUGCCCCUCCGGCUGUGGUGAACAUUUCGCUGCCUCCUCCGCCGGGACUCGCUCCACCCCCACCCCCAGGAUUUGGACCCACUGUAUUCCACGGCAUGCCUCCGCCACCACCUCCCUUCCUCCGGGCACCAGGACCCAUCCACUACCCAUCCCAGGACCCACAGCGCAUGGGUGCUCACACAAACAAAGCCAACAGCGCCUAACUCCUCCAAGUCCCGCACCCCGUCACUCUCGCCCCCUCCGCCUGCCUCGCUAGCCGUGAAAGGACGGGCAGGCAUCAGAGCUGGGUGAGCGUCGGUUUAAACUGGGCCCCCAACCAUUCCAGUGGAGUUUAUUUUUUUUUAUACAUAUGUGUUGAGGAAUUAGUUUGGUUUUUAUUUCCCUCUGAUCUGUCUCAGCUGAAGAAUUCCGGUAUAGAGACUGUCUCUGUGUCAGUCAGACCUGCACAGUCUGAAUAUUAACAGGAUGCCUUUGGAGUGCCCACUCAGCUUCCCCUUUCAAGGGGCUUGCUGUCUCGUACGAGACUCCCUGUGUACUGGGUUUUGGCUGGAAGUGACAUGUGUACCUUCCUGUCACCCCACCAGUUACACAGUGAAAGAGCACUGAAUCUGGAGACCAUGUUGUUUGGUCUGGGUUUGUGGGACGAGAAACAUCGGAGGUCUUAACCCAUGGGACUCGAGGACCAGCUUUCCCUGCAUUACUUCCCGGACCUUGCCUCAAAACAGGGAGGGAGCAGGGAGCGUUGGCUGGGCGGGUUUUUAUUGUCUGCUUGGGCACUGGCUCCAGCAAAGUUUUUGAAGUGAGGGUAACGGGACAAAGGUCUGCUAAAGAAAAAUAAACACACGCCUACCAUCAGCGGCCUGAGAUGUGUGUUGAUGAUCGAGUCUAACUGCGGCCUGGGAGCAGUCUGUUUUAUUGAAAAAGGGUUCUGAGGGUUUAGGGGCUGCUUUCACCUGCUUCUUCCUGUCUGUUUUGCCCAGGAAAAUAACUUGUUUGCACAGAGUACAGUGCGGCAACAGGCUCUUUGGCUCAUGAUACAUAUGCAAAAUUAAUCCCAUCUGCCUGUACGCCUACAUUCCAUGUCUCUCUUCAUUUUAUGCCUAUCACCCAUGACAGGAAUCUGGGGAGCUCCCGUCGGCAGCCUAUGGCAACAGCAGCUCACCGGAGUCCUCUGUCCUGGGCCGAAGGUUGAUCAGCCCCCUGGGUUCUGCUUUUGCCGCGUGACUUCAUACUUCUAGGCAAAGUUCCUUCCUCUCCCAGGGAUGAGGUCUUUGUAACUUCAGCUGGCAUUUCUGUAGCUGUGGGUUUUUAUGGGAUGGGGUUGUUAACCUCUUGCCCAACCUGCUGGGUUGGGGAGUUCAUGUGUCUAAGUGUCUCUUAAACAUAGCGCAGUACGGCACGUGAAUGGGCCAAGUAACCAUGCAUUUCCAGAGGGAGCCAGAUAAAGGUAACAGAUGUGGUACAGUACUGUUACAUCAAAGUUCUAUUGAUUCAAAACAUCCCGGGAUACUUGCUGGGAUUAUUUGUCCCCCUCUAGUCUUUGCUAGUGGAGUUCCAGAUGCCAGGGAGAGUGUAAAACAGACCCUUCAGCCCAUCUGAGUCUGUGCUAAUUAUGAAACACUCAUUUACACUAAUCCCAUUCCAGCCCAUUUUAUACUGACAUUUCUAUCAACUCCCCCCCCCCGCCCCAUUCUACCCCUCAACCUACACAACUAGGGGCAACUUCCAACAGCCAAUUGUAUUUAGAGAUGGAGCAUGGGGCAGACCCCUCCAGCCACUGAGCUGCACCACACGAUGUUAACGGCUACGCUACCAUUGCAUCAUGCAAAGGUUAGGAGUUACAAUGCUGUUAAUGAAUUCAAAUUAAAAUACAGCUUCUACCAUCUAUUAAACCACCCAGUUCCUGGGGCGGGGGAGGGGGGGGAAAACGACACCAUUCCUGGAAAUCCCCCACUGUCCCCAUAGUGACCGUAAUUUCCCUCUUCAAGGACACCGGGGCAUGAACUUCACCCCGGAAGGCAGCUGGCUCAGACAUUGCCUGCAGCAACCUGCUACCUAGACCCACAAAUACCCAAAUUGGCUAGGCUCAGGAGAAAGCCUACCCGGAAAUCCAACGACCUCACCCCCACCCCUCGCACUGGGUACCAGUAUAUCAGGAGCAAACUGCUGUGUCCCUGUUGGGGUCUGCCAGUUUCUUCCACAGUUCUCCCCCACCAUUCUGCAGCACCUUAAAUCAAGGGCAUAGCAGUCAAGUGUGAGUGAAGAUGGUGGAUUGAGCAUUGGUUUGAGGUGAUCGGAGAAUGGGCAGCACAGUAACGUGACAGCACAACGCUAUUACAGCUAGGGACACCAGAGUUUGGAGUUCAUUCCAGUGUCCUCCUGAAGGAAUUUGUACAUUCUCCCUGUGACCGUGUGGGUUUCCUCCGGGGGCUCCAGUUGCCUCCCACAGUCAAGAAAAGUACUGGUUAGGUUAAUCGAUCACUGUAAAUUGUCCCGUGAUUAGGCUAGUGUUAAAUCAGUGGGUUGCUGGGCAGUGCGGCUCAUUGGGCUAGAAAGGCCUGUUUUGUGCUGUAACUCAGAAAAGUACAGUACAGAAACAGGUCCUUUGGCCCAUCUAGUCGGUGCCAAACUAUUUACACUGCCCAUUCUUGUCGACCUGCGCCAGGACCAGUGGCCUCUACCCAUGCUAUCCAUGUACCUAUCCAAAUUUCUUUUAAACAUUGAAAUGAAGCUCAAAUGCACCACAGCUUGUUCCACAAUGUCACAACCUUCAGAGUGAAGACGUUUCCCCUCAUGUUCUUCUUAAGCUUUUCACCUUUCACCCUUAACCAUGACCUCCAGUUGUAGUUCCACCCAGCCUCCGUGGAGAAAGCCUGCUUGCAUUAACCCUAUCUAUACCCCUCUCAAUGUUGUACACAUCUAUCAAACCUCCCCUACACUCCACGGAAUAAAGUUCUAAUCUAUUCAAUCUUACCCUAACUCCGGUCCUCCGGACCUAGCAACUUCCUUGUAAAUUUUCUCUGUACUCUUUCAACCCUAUUUACAUCUUUCCUGUAGGUAGGUGACCAAAACUGUACACCAUACUCCAAAUUAGACGUCAGCAACGUCGUAUACAACUUCAGCAUAACAUCCAGUCUCCUGCUCUCAAUACUUUGAGUCAUGAAGGCAAAUGUGGUAGAAGUUUUCUUUACGACCCUACCUGUGAUGCCACUUUCAAUGAAUUAUGGACGUGUAUUCUCAGAUCCCUUUGUUCCACUAGUUGACGUUUCACGGAGACACUUCAUCAAGACUUUAUUUAUUCCUCUCCAUAGAUGCUACCUGGGCUGCUGAGUUUCUCCAGCAUUUUGUGUGCGCUACACAAGAUUUCCAGCAUCUGCAGACUUUCUUGUGUUUAAGAUUAAACUAAAGCUGACCCGGGGGUGGUGGUGGUGGGGGAGGAGGGAGAAAUGCGCCCCCGCUGUAGCUGAGAGUCUCCGUUCCCUACAUCACACUGUUCGACACCCACCCCCUUCAAAACUCACGUCGCAAUUUGUAUUCCUCAACUCUCCAGCCGCCACCGCACAAGCCUCAGUGCCUCUGAACCACUACGUGACUGAAUUAUGUAUGGCUGUAUAUAAUCAUACACCGCCGGAGAUGGCUCAUCUUGUCCUGAAUACAGGGAAACUGCAGGUGACCUGUCGCCAUGAACUCAGCAAAAACGUUCAUAUUUAACCAUACGUGAAUACAGCAAAACACUACCAACGACACACAGCACAUAUGGUUACGAUAGCAGAAAAAUCAUAGUCACAAAAAAUACAUAGCCCAAGUCACCGAGUGGCAAGGUAUGUUGGAUGUUGACCUUCACACCUCACACUUAUAAAGAUUCGUCUUUUUAAAAAAUGGUUUCUGAGUCUGGUUCAUUUAAAGCAACAAAUACAUAAAAUGCUGGAGAAACUCAGCAGGUCAGGCUACAGAGAGUAAUAGACAGUCGACGUUUUGGGCCGAGACACUUCAUCGGUACUGGAAAGGAAGGGGGAAGAAAAUGGCUUACCUUUCCAUAGAUGCUGCCU